CUGCAGAAGUGCGCCUCACGCCGGCAGCUCCUCCAACGCCAAAUUGAAGCCAAAUUCUCCUCCGGCCUCGAUCGUUGCCUCUGCCUCUGUCUGGCCCGUGUCCAAGCUAUCCUCUCGAGCGAGCAGAAGAAGACUGACUACAAGGGAGACAGCUCCAGUCUCAAUGGUGGUGGAAUCCCCGGUCUGCCUUCCGCCUCCUUGGUUAGUUAG